CGCAGCAGACAACUGCGGUAGAAGAAGAGUGGAAGCAAGUGAGAACAGAGGAGAAAAGGAGCCGGGGUGUUCCUUAUCCUGCAAGGAAGCACCACAAAGCUCGGCAGGAAUAGCUCACAGACCCAGCACUGCUUGCUAUUCUGCGCACGGUGACUCUGGCAUCAGUUGGCGGAGCAGUGGGCGAUGGCAUCCCAGAUUCAAGACCGGCUGACCACUGAUCAGGACCUGCUGCUGAUGCAAGAAGGCAUGUUGAUGCGCAAGGUGAAGACGAAGAACUGGAAGAAGCUAAGAUACUUCAGACUCCAGAACGAUGGCAUGAUGGUCAGGCAUGCACGUCAGGCCGAGGGCAAGGCCAAGCCCACCUUCUCAAUCUCUGAUGUGGAGACCAUACGUAAUGGCCAUGAUUCUGAGUUACUGCGCAGCUUGGCAGAAGAAUUCCCCUUGGAGAAGGGCUUCACCAUUGUCUUUCAUGGCCGCCGUCCCAAUCUGGACCUGGUGGCCAACACUGUUGAAGAGGCCCAGAACUGGAUUCGAGGACUCCAGCUGCUGGUAGACCUUGUCACCAGCAUGGACCAGCAGGAGCGACUGGACCAAUGGCUGAGAGAUUGGUUCCAACGUGGAGACAAAAACCAGGAUGGCCGAAUGACUUUCCAAGAAGUUCAGCGGUUACUACACCUGAUGAAUGUGAAAAUGGACCAAGAAUAUGCUCUCAGUCUUUUUCAGGCAGCAGAUGUGUCUCACUCUAAAACUCUGGAAGGAGAAGAAUUUGUGCAGUUCUAUAAAGCAUUGACUAAGCGCACUGAAGUUGAGGAACUGUUUCAAAACUUCUCAUCUGAUGGGCAGAAGCUAACUCUGCUGGAAUUUGUGGAUUUCCUUCGAGAAGAACAGAAAGAAAGAGACUGUACCUCUGACCUCGCUCUGGAAUUCAUUGACCUCUAUGAGCCUUCAGACAGCGGCAAACUGCGGCAUGUGCUGAGCAUGGACGGCUUCCUCAGGUACCUCUGCUCGAAGGACGGAGACAUCUUCAACCCAGCCUGCCUCCCUAUCUACCAGGAUAUGACUCAGCCUUUGAACCACUACUUCAUUAACUCCUCACACAACACCUACCUACUGGGGGACCAGAUUUGUGGCCAGAGCAGUGUGGAAGGAUACAUACGGGUCCUGAAGCGGGGGUGCCGCUGUGUGGAGAUGGAUGUAUGGGAUGGACCUAAUGGGGAACCUAUUGUUUACCACGGAUACACUCUGACUACCCGUAUCCUGUUCAAAGAUGUCGUGGCAGCAGUAGCACAAUAUGCCUUCCAGACAUCAAACUACCCAGUCAUCCUGUCCUUGGAGAACCACUGCAGCUGGGAGCAGCAGCUCACCAUGGCACGGUACCUGACCGAGAUCUUGGGAGAUCAGCUGCUGAGCACCACCUUGGAUGGGCUGCUGCCCAAUCGGCUGCCCUCACCAGAGCAACUUCAAGGGAAGAUCUUGGUGAAGGGGAAGAAGUUAAGAACACUUGUCGAGGAUUCUGAUGAUGAAGAGGAAGAGGACCCAGAUUUGGAGAUGAUGAAAGAGCAGGGGUCAGUCCUGGAGCUAGAGUCCUGCUGUGAGAUCCAGCCUCAAGAGCUGAUCCCCGGAAACAAGGACAAAGACAGGAAGGUUGUGAAGCGCCUGCUGUUUUCUCUGCCUGUCUGUUGUCAGGUUAUGGCCCAGGUUCCUAGUUCCGUUUCUGGGUCCCUUCUCUUGCCCAAGCAGAAAUCCAAGAUCAUCCUGUGUCCGGCCCUGUCUUCCCUGGUUGUGUACUUGAAGUCUGUCUCCUUCUACAGCUUCCUUCACUCCAAGAAUAACUACCACUUCUAUGAGGUGUCGUCCUUCUCCGAGGCCAAAGCCAAGAGCCUCAUCAAGGAGGCGGGCAAUGAGUUUGUGCAGCACAAUGCCUGGCAGUUAAGCCGUGUGUAUCCCAGUGGUCUGAGGACAGACUCGUCCAACUACAACCCCCAGGAACUCUGGAAUGCAGGCUGCCAGAUGGUGGCUAUGAACAUGCAGACUGCAGGACACGCCAUGGACAUCUACGAUGGGCUCUUCCGCCAGAAUGGAGGUUGUGGCUAUGUGCUGAAGCCAGAAUUCCUGCGUGAUAUCCAGAGUUCCUUCCACCCUGAGAGGCCCAUCAAUCCUCACAAGGCUCAAAUCCUCUUAGUACAGGUGAUCAGUGGUCAGCAACUCCCCAAAGUGGAUGACACCAAAGAGAAGUCCAUUGUGGACCCACUGGUUAAAGUACAGAUCUUCGGUAUUCCUGCAGAUACAGCACAGCAAGAGACCAACUAUGUGGAGAACAAUGGUUUUAAUCCACACUGGGGAAAGACACUAUGCUUCCGGGUCCUGGUACCUGAACUCGCUAUACUGCGUUUUGUGGUAAAGGAUUAUGACUGGAAAUCCCGAAAUGACUUUAUUGGUCAGUACACUCUGCCUCUGACCUGCAUGAAACAAGGUUACCGCCACGUACACUUGCUCUCCAGGGAUGGCACCAGCCUCCACCCAGCUUCCAUCUUUGUGUAUAUCUGUAUCCGGAAAGACAUGGAUGAUGAAUCCUGAGGCUCAACUUCAUACUCAGAUCUACUACUGAUCUCUCCCAUCAACUCUGGGGCAAAGGCAGAUUGCAACUAGACACCCAGAGUGGGGCUUGGAGCAAAGAAACCUACAGAAGCAUUAUCUUUUCCAACCCUAACUUCCUCAAAAACCUACAGCCAAGAGAAGAAUAAACCAAGGUUCAAGGCUCCUCAGGCAAAGGUUGGGGAAGGAUUCUUGCUCCCAGGACUGUUAUGACUCUCCAGAGACCACUGCACAGCACGUAGUACCUACUGGACUGCUCUUCCUUAGUGUCAACAGAGUUUCUCUCUCCAA